CUUGUUUUUAAAUUUACCAUGUUUAUUUAAUGAGAGUACGUAUUUAACGAACAACCUUUUAUUAAUUUUUGUAAACAAAUUCGUUUUAAUGAUUACAAUUUACGUCGGAAACUUAAACCAUGGCAGAUUUUAUAGAAAGCAUGGAGGACUGGCAGGCUGACAGGAAUUUAUUGGAAUGUAACCGAUUCAUGCUCAACAACCAGGUGAACUGUGAUGUCAAGUUUUUGCUGGGUCUCAAACGCGAGCCGAUCUCUGCACACAAGUACAUGCUCGUAUGUCGCAGCUCUGUGUUUCAGUCCAUCUUCUACGGUGCCAUCUCCUCUGACAGCAAAGACACCAUACCUGUGUCCGAUAUUGAGCCUGAAAUCUUCAAGAACUUACUGCAGUACAUCUACACAGACGAGGUGUCAGUUGGUCAUGGGAAUGUGAAGGACCUCCUCUACGCAGCGAAGAAGUACGCAGUGAAAGGACUCGUCAAGAAGUGCCUUGCCUUUCUGCAGUCUUCCAUUAACAAGGAGAACGUUUGCUCAGUGUUGGAAAUGGUACACACUUACAAUGGCAAAGAUCUAGAGGCGAGCUGUAUCAGCUUUAUCCAUGAAAAUGCCAAGGAAGUUCUGCAGUCUCGUACAUUUACCAAACUGUGUCCUUUGUGUGUUGAAACCAUUGUGAGAUCAGAUGAAAUGGUCGUUGAUGAGAAGGUGGUCUUGGAAGCGGUGUUGACGUGGUCGCAGUUGGAAUGUCGACGUAGAAACCUGGAGAUAACAGAUGAAAACCAAAGAGGAGUGCUGGGACAAAUACUCUACCACGUGCGUUUUCCAUUACUCGACUCCGUGUAUUUUACAAACUGCGUAUCCUCCAGAGACUUUCUAAACGAACAGGAAGUGAUCGGUCUGUAUCAGUUCUACAAUGGGAGAGCUCAGCCUUCGAACUGGAAGUUCAAUGUUCGCAAAAGACGCGGCUUUUUGCUGCACAGUGUUAUAAGGUACAGCUUCAUCUCAAUGGAAGGCUUCCAGAAGUCAUGCGCCAACGAUAAAGACACCAUCCACUUCAUGUGUUCCGAAUCCAUCGACCUUCACGGCAUUAGUGUGUACGGUUCAUUGGACGAGAACGCAGACUACGACACUCGAAUUGAACUCAGCUGUGACGAGAAUUCUAUCAUCCUGAACUCACAAUUCACUUGCCUGAGUACAUCGAGACGGGAACACACUUACGAGCUGAUGUUUUCGAAACCGGUGCCAUUGUCGAUGGGAAAGUUGUACAGCAUCAUGCUGGAUAUAACUGGGCCACCCACGAAGAUGGGGUAUGGGGGAAAGGUGGACUGUGUCUCUGAAGGUGUUACUUUUCAUUUCUCGUCGAAGCCUGGCAGUAGGACGUCGGUAGACAGAGGGCAGAUACCAGGUCUUCUGUUUACAAAGCCGAAACCAAGAACAAAUACAAAAUAGAAUAUCAGGGAAAUAUGUGUCUUGUUCUGAGAAAAUUGGGCUUAAUGCAUGUGUGUAAAGUGUAGUCCCAGAUUAGCUUGUGCAGUCUGCACAGGC